AUGUCCGUCUCAAACUUAAUUUCCAAUAUUCCAAAUCAUCACCUUCGUCUUGACGAACCAAUCUCAAACAGUGAGAACCUUCCGUCUGUGAAAGAUGCUGAGAGUUCUGCGGCGAUACAGAAGGCCUUCAGGGCUGGCAAAGAACAUGUAGUCGCAUGGUCACCACAGGAGGAUGCACGUAUCGAGCAAGCCAUGCAAGACCUUGGGUCCUACCUAACUGACCUUGACCACUCCCUCUCUUAUGAAGGAACAGACAAAAAGGUCGUAUGGCGAAAGUCUUGCUGGUUCGCCAGUCACGGCAUAGGCCACCCAUUCUUAGACUCUGAAUCGGAUAUCGCCAAGUUCGAUGGAGAUCUCAAAGAUGGCCUCACCGGUCUCCAAGCUUUGCACGACCCAAGAAUUCGCGAUUCUAUGCAUUGUCUCAAGUCUUUCUUGGAUAGUGCUUUGGUCGAGACUAGUAUGGCUGUUGGUAUCGACCCAGACCUCGUGCAGCGAUGCACCGUUCGUUACCGAGCUAUUAAGUAUACGCCUCAUGCUGGUGCUCCAGGCGGUAUUGGUCUUCACCCAGACGGCAAUCUACUGUCGGCACUCAUCACUAACGGACCAGGACUCCGUGUCUAUGACCUCGACGGCACUGUCCGUUUCCCCGGACACAAGGGCACUAUCAUGAUGGGUGGCUCAACACUGUACCGAUGGGCCAACGAAUUCCUGCCGACGUUCCACGAUGUUGACAUCAGUGGUGAUGAAGUCAAGGUGUCCAUCGUGGCAUUCUUUAACUUCCCCGAUAUGCAAACGAUACCAAGGAACAUGAGCACUCAAGAAGAGGGAUUCUUUCAUGACAUUCGGCGUAUCAAGGAGGAUGACAAGCUUCCCCAUGGAGAGCUGUCACCUUUGUGGGAUAUCAUCAUCAAGAACCAUAAUUUGUCUUUGCCACCGGUUCGUGAAAGUGGCUGA